CACAACAAUCACACCCCAUAACUGACUAAAAUCACACCCAGAGGCAGCGCUGACACCUGAGCCCAAUGUGACUGCAGACUGACCUUAGAGAAGAGAGUUGUGGUGAGAUGUAAAUCUCACUCUGUGACUGGCUGGUGGUAUACAACAAAUGUCCAGGACAGGCUAUCUGCUGGUGUCAGCGAUUAGAUGGAAUACACUAUCCAGAUCCAGUGUGGUAUAAGGGAGCCGGCACUCUGUGAACUAGGGGAAAGAGACCCCCAGAAUAACACACGUUGAUGGAUGUAUCUGGCAUUAGCAACAAAAAGUUAGAUGUAUUCUACAAUGAGCUCCGCCGGAAAUAUCCAAACACCUUCAACCUUGCUACGGACCUUGGCAAAGGGGAUGAAUCGGUGCAAAAAUUGCCACGUCUGGAGAACACAUCGUCCUUGACAUCUCUUGGGAUUUUACCAAAGACUCUGAGUCAUACCUCUCACCAAAGAUGGACUCAUGACAGCUUCCUCUCCAAAGUCCAAUUUCAGAAAACACAAAAUGAACAAAGACAGGGAGCAGAAGAUUCCCAGCGGAGUGGCGGUUCCAUCAUCAUACAGGAUAAAAUCGUAUCUGUGUCAACCUGGAACCGGAGGGAUUAUCUCGGUGCUCAAAACCGAGGUUCAUUCCGUCUUCCAACCCUACGUAUUCAAGUUGAACAAAACAAAGCGGAGCUGAAAAAUAGACUCAACGUACGAAAGAAGGUUGAUGGCGUACAAGAUAGUAACUAUAAAAGCAACGUAGAAACCACAGAGGCCGGGUCUACCAACAAGAGUAUCUCUAGUCAAGAUCCAUUAGGAGCUAUUGUGAAAGAGAUUUUACCCAAUAAGCCCAGCCGGUUAAUAACCUACCUACCUAAAAACACAGACAAUUUACUCAGAAAUGGUGGUUGCACUUCAGACAGUGACUCUGGAGUUUCUGCAUGCACGCCAAUAAAAAUACUCAGACCAAAGAUCAAUACUCAUCGUGAUGACCAAGAUCUGAAGGAUAUAAAACAAAAAUUUUCAACCAAACCCAAGACGUCUUCUGGACCAAUGAAAGCCGAUCACAUGGUACUUCCAGAGAACAUAUCACAAAUUGUGAAUUUUGGAAAAAGUCCUGUGAAACCUAACGCAAAGAAAAGCUCAAUAAACUUCAAUGAGAAGAUACCACACAGACCAGCAAGGGAGAGGGUACGCUUUGAGGAUGAAUCAGAAGAAGAAGCACAUUCUCGUUACCAGGAAAGAUAUGUUCUAGGUAGAACGCACACGACUAAAAUGGUUACAAAUAUUUCAUCGGAAUCCCAGAUAAGGGCUGUGGAACGGAAUAGUAAACCUGAAUCUAUUGAGACAUCUCCGUCACUACGGAUUGGUGAAAAGCCACCAACUACCAACCAGCAGACUGUGACUCUUCCAUACAGACGUCAACCGUUUCCACCAAGUGUAGCAAAGAAAGUAUUAAUUGAUAUUCCAAGUGGUGGUCUUCCCAGCAAGCGUGCAGUUCCACUACGAAUGUAUCCAGCCAUGAGGGACAGUACUAAUAAACCAAUGUCUCCCAGGUAUGGUAAAGAGGUUGCUUCUCUUGAUGGGAUUACAAUUAGCUGCACAAGCAACAGCCAAACGUGGAGGGAAGAAAAACAAAGAAUCUCAGAAUGGAAGGAAGAAAAUACAAGCAAUCAAAGCCUCUCGUCUCUGGAAACCAUAGGGAGCGAAAUCACAGAAGUUUCUUCUGAAGUCACACUAAUGACAAUGGAGUCAGGAGGUUCUUUGUCAUCCUUUGCCAGUGAAAAUCACACAGGAUCCUCAUCUCAUGACCUCAAGCUGGAUCACCCAUCAUUGGGUAAAGGUGCAAAUAUCUCCUUCUACAGUAAAGUGAAGAGGAGCCUCCAUGUGAAGCGGACUACUGACACCAGGCAAGAGAAAGCUGUAGCUCACGGAAAAGCCAGUCUAUGUGGCACUACAAGUCCAAGCCCAUCCAGCCAGAGUGUAAGAAAUGAAAGUGUACCCGGUGAUACCAGAAAGAAUAGGGUGAAGAUGGACAUUGAUUCGUGUGCUGAGCCAGAGGACACAGACAGAAGCAUUCCAGUAAAGGCCCCAUUGUUCUCUAUGAGAAUGAUGCAGUCAUUACUGAAGAAGAAGCGGGCUAAGGACUACCUGGUCAGUGUACCAUCCGCUACCGGACAGGAAUCCAGAUUGAUACCUGAGAACUGUACUGUGAUUGGAGUUCAAGUGCCGAUACAGAUGGGGCAGUGGGGCUGCAACUUCCUAACACCCAGAGAUGCAAAGGACAGUUCCAGAAAACAAGUUGUGUACAGAUGGAUGUCACCAUAGCAAACAGUCACUUCAAUCAAUGUAUAUACUGUAUUCUGAGAUAUAUAACUGAUUAAUAUAUUUAUGUACAUAUACAUGUGAAAUUAAAGCCUAUCAAAUUAUUA